AUGAUGAAUCCGUACCUUAGUUGGGCUCUCCUGCUGGUCGUGGCAGGUGGCCUCGGCUGGUAUUACAAUGGCCCUACCCCCAAGGCCAGCGUUCCCAUUAAGCCCGUUGUGGAAAAAACAGAAAGUGCGCUGGGCGUGAAGAAGCCGAAACGCAAGGCUAAGAAGUCGCCCGAGCCUUCUGCCCCCGCUGCGAAGGCCGAGGAGAAGCCUGCGUACGUGCCCCAGACCGAGGAGGCCGAUCAGCAGGACGAGGAGAUCGACCAGAAGGAAAUGGCCAAGCGUUUCGCCGCCGUGCGGGACGGUACCAUUGCUCAGACGGGCAAGUCUCAGAAGAAGAAGAACAACAAGAAGACCACCACUCUUUCCCAGCCUGAGAAUGGAAACGAGCGUUCCGCCUCGCGCGUGUCCACCCGUACUUCCUCCACUACCGGAGCGGAUGCAGAUGAUGAUCUCUCCUCUGCCGAAUCCCCUCAGGUCAACGCCGCCACCCCCACCACUGGAUAUGUCUCCGAUAUGCUGGAAGCCCCUGCUCCCGGAGCGUCCGUUCUCCGCGUCACCGGCUCCAUGGAAGAACAGAAGAAGAAGCAGAAGCCCCAGUCUUUCAAGCAGGUUGAGACCAAGAAGCAGCGUCAACAGCGCCUGAAGAACGAGGCCCGGAAGCAGCAGGUCCAGGAGGCCGAGCAGGAACGCCGCAAGCUCCUUGAGAAGCAGCUUCAUUCCGCUCGUGAGGCCGAACGCCAGCAGGCUGCCCAGGCCAAGCCGGCUGCUCCUCAAACCAACGCCUGGCAGACCAAGCCCGUGAGCAACGGUACUCCCAAGGUGGCUCCCAAGGUGGCUCCCGCCGCCGCCCCCAAGGUCGACCUGCUGGACACCUUCGAACCCGAAGCCAAGUCGAGCAAGCCUACCGGCGAGUGGGACCAAGGUCUUCCUUCCGAGGAGGAGCAGAUGCGCAUCCUCGAGGCUGGUGAUGACCAGUGGACCACCGUCUCCAGCAAGAAGAUCAAGAAGAAGGGUGGAAAGGCCGACGAGAGCGAGGCUAGCGCCCCGGAGACUACUCCCGCUCCCGCCGCCGCUUCUACUCCUACUCCUGUCGAGCCCAAGGUGAAGGUGACGCCCACUUACCUUCCCGAUGUCCUUCUCUCCAAGCAGAAGGGCCACCCUCUUGACUCCGACUGGGCUGCUUAA